GUCCAUCAUUCUGACAAUUAAAAUUUAUAGAAAACAUGCCAUUAGGGCACAUUUAUUUAAAUGCGACAAUUUCAAAUCAAGAACAUCUUAAUUCAAAUGAAACAGUGAAUCCAACUCAUUAUUGCAACACAAUUACUUAUAUAAGAUUGACGACAGUUUUAUUACUCAGAGCCGGUUACGUCUUAAUCCAAAUUGGCAGUAUACCAACCAAUGACGUGUAUUCAAUUGCCUUCCACAAUAUACUUGACAUAACUGUAACCAUAUGUUCCUAUGGACUUAUGGGACACAUGUUCUCUUUUGGUCAAGAAACCUUAGGAGGUUUCGUCGGAUCAGGAUCUUCAGCAUUUUCAGGAUACACAAAUUUAGAUGUUAUAAUAUAUGGUUUCUCUGCGUGCCUCAUAGGUUCGGCUAUUCUAACCACUAUGCUUUCCGGAAGAAUUCUACCCAUGACUGCAGCAGCUACUAGUUUUCUACACGGCGGGCUCGUCCAACCCAUAGUAAUGCACUGGCUUUGGCACGAAAAAGGUUGGAUGGCCAAAAGGAGGAUGUUCAAGAUGAGGUUCUCGGCGAAAGACUACGCCGGCGGAAUGGUGAUACAUCUAACCUCUGGAGUGGCGGCUUUUUGGGGCUCUGUGUGCCUCGGUAGGCGACUUGUAAAGCUUAGGGACUUGUCGAAGUCCUCGUUGGGGACGGCGUCUCCAGGGAUGACAUUUAUAGGUUACAUUUUCAUCUAUCUGGGCCUCACCUCCUUCAGCUUGCCAACCCAGAGGUAUCAGCAGCAACGCAUGCCGGCAGAUUUCAUUGGAAUAAUCCUCACCAACAGCUUAAUGGCCCUGACCUCUGGUCUCUUCGUCUUCCUAAUGCAGUGCUUCUGCUUCGGAAGAGUCUCCGGUUACUGGGUACUGCUAAAAUGUCUUCAGGGAAGUCUGGCCGGACUGGUUACUGUCAGCUGUGCCGUAGAUGCCUACGAUCACACAAUGGCGUUCUUCGUGGCCAGCAUUGGAUCAGUGACCUUUUACUGUAUCACCGUUAUCCUGGAGAGAACAUUCCACGAGGAUUACUGCAAUAUCGUUCCAGUGCAUGUAUUCUGCGCUUUCGUAGGAGCUGUCUUUCCACCACUACUGGCGAAGAGUGAAAAUUUAGGUUACUCAAUAUCCAUCCCUUUCCGACUAUACCACACAGGAUGGCAGAUAAUCUGCGCCGUCGCGGUGAUAAUAUGGUCUACUGCUUUUUUCCUUCCCCUUUUCAUAUUCCUCCAAGCCAUGGGCCUCUUGGCCAAUAGAAGCGAAGAGCUGAAUCACCAAAGGAGUCUCAAUGUCCUGAAAAAUGUUGACAGCCGCAGAAAGUUCUGGAGAAUUUUUACUUACAGCGAAUUCGCGCCUUACGUGGAACCAGGAAUUGAUACCAAAAAUGGGGAGUCCUUAGAAGUCCUAAAAAGAUCCAAUGAUUCACGCAGGGAGCUUCUGCAAAACUCCAUGGCCAAGAAACUGGAGGCUAGGAGCCCUAAAAGCCCAAAUUUUGUAAGAACUCCGAUGGUUCCGUUAGAAGAGGUAGUCAAGGAUAUGGGCAUACUGGAAGCUGAACGAUACCCAGCGUCAUACGAAGAAGAUGUGGAGAAAAGGAUGGCUAAUAACAAACUCCUAUACGAGACCUUGACAGAGCCUCCAUCUCCUAGGUCACAAGUACCAACGGUGCAUCGAAACGCCACUGGAGACAGCUUAGAUUCAGAAAAAGUCGUCAAAGCUGAAGUCCACGCCCCCAGUGUAGUUACCGACAAGAAAGAGGGAAAUAGAAAAAAGAUUUAUCCAAGAAGGAGACCAAAUACAGUAAGGAGAAAGAAGAAACUAAAGCGUCUAGAUUCCAACUGAAACGUCUAGAUUCCGAGUUUAGCAUGGGAAAAUCCAAGAAGCGAUUGUUUCAAUUGCAAUUUUCCAUUUAUUGUUUCAUUAUAAUAAUUCGAGAUCCAAUGAAAUUAACAUUAUUGAUUUCACAUUGGUACCAAAAGUUCUUUACUUGAAGGUUCUAAACAAUUAAGUAAGUCCGUGUUCUUGUUUAACCAAUCCUACUAACAAUUGCCUUAGUAUAAUUUGGAUUGAUGAAAUUAAAACUUAUGACCAUACACAAAAAUUCCUUUAUUUAAUAUUUCUUUGUAUUCUGACAUGUAACAUUUAUGCCCCUCCAGUUUUGAAUUAAUACAAUCUGUUUGUAUUCGUA